UCGAAGAUCCGGCAAGAAGUUGAUGAACUUUGGCGCCUCUUUAUGACAGCAACAUCUGAUCCUGCAUUGGUCAAUACCAUUUGUGUUCUUGAUGCGCUUGAUGAAUGCCGCCCAGAUGACCGGGAUAGAUUACUUCAGAAAUUUACAUCCUUCCACCAGAAGACUCAUUCAUCAGCUCACGGCACCUGGUUGAAGUUCUUGAUUACUAGUCGCCCUUAUCACGAUAUCAAAUACCAUUUCCAAACCGUCACGGAUUCCUUUCCCCAUGUUCAUCUCCAAGGUGAAGAGGAAAACGAUCAGAUACACGAGGAGAUCAAUCUUGUUGUGAAAAUGAGGGUGGCAGAGUUAGCUAAAGCCUUAUCACUAUCACCAUAUAUACACCGGCGACUUGAACAACAGCUGCUUCAGAUGCAACAUCGCACCUACCUUUGGUUAUAUCUGGCUCUCGAGGACAUCCGCACCAUGUUUCAGAAUAGCCUUCGACCCGAUGAAGAGUCGAUUCGACUGAUUCCGAGUUCUGUGGAUAAUGCAUACAGGAAGAUCCUCGCCAAUAUCCCGUUAGACCAAGCAAAGACGGUGCGAAAAAUCUUUCAGAUUAUCGUUGCCUCAAGGCGCCCUCUGACGAUCGAGGAAAUGGCCAUGGCUUUGGGUGUGGCUAUUUCGCCUCACUCGCUUACCCCAGAAGAGGCCGGACUGGAUCCAGAAAGAAUGAAAAGAAUCAUACGACAAUUAUGUGGUCUGUUUGUCUUUAUCAACAAUUCAAGGAUUUACCUUAUCCACCAGACUGCCAGGGAGUUCCUG